AUGCGUGCCCAAUUCGUUACCCUCCUGGCCCUUGCCGCCCCGCUCUACGCCAUCAAGAUCACCUCUCCGUCCAAGAACGACGUUGUUGAUCCCUCCGAGGGCGUCACUGUCAAGUGGUCCACCGUCAACACCGACCCGUCCAAGGCCCACCUCGUGCUGGUCAACAUGGCCUCCGGCCACACCCCCUUCAGCAAGGACCUCGGCGAGAUCGACUUGUCUGCCGGCAGCUUCAAGGUCUCGGAGAAGGACGUCCCCUCCGAUGCCGGCUACCAGUUCAACUUUGCGAGCACCGAGACCCAGAACACAGGCAUCCUCGCCCAGUCGGAGCAGUUCGAGGUCAAGGCCUCGGCCUCGGACAGCGACGAUGAGGACGAUGACGAGAAGACGUCUUCUUCGGCUUCCUCCGCCACAUCGGUUUCGGUGUCAUCGUCUGCGGCCCUCACCACCACCGUCAAGACCUUGACUCAGACCUUUACCAGCACCGGCUCCGACACCACUGUCACCUCAACUGGCACCACCUUGACCACCUCUACUGGCACUGCCGCUGAGAGCACCGGCACCGAGACCGAGUCUGCCACCUCUAGCACCAGCGACGCCGGGGCUGCCCCCACUGGCAUGGUUGUCCAGGGCGGCAGCCUGCUUGCCCUGGUGGCUGGUGUCGCCGCCGUUCUUGCUUAGGUUUUGUAUCCAGACUGGUUCGUGUAGGAUAUUGAAAGGAUUACUAGUGGGCGCGGGGGUUCGGAGCCUUGGGAGGGUGGUAAUGUCACGGCGAUAGAAAAACGGAUGGAUAGACACGGGACGGAUGGGAAAAUAGAGGUCUGCGUUGAUAGAACACUUUUUCUAAAAUCAUCGUCGGGCACCGUCCUGUUGGACAGCCGUCUACGAAC